AUGGAGGCAGAGACGGGUGCUGUUGCGGAUGCGGAUGUUGCUGCGGGUGCUGGUGUGGAUGUUGCGGUGGAUGUUGAUGUGGGUGUUGCUGCCGGUGGUAUUCUUGAACAGGAGGAUAAGGCUCUGGCUCAUGAUGGCGACGAUCGGAUUCGUGAUGCGGUUGCGCUGGCGCAGCGUGAGAAGGCGUCGGUGGAGCUGAAGAAUGCUCGAUAG